AUGGCCUUUCGCCUGCCCACCCAGGCGCCUGCGUCUGCGCGUCGCUAUUCCACCGCCGAGCGUCCAUCACUAGAAAUCGAGCUGCCGCCGACGACGACGCAAUUCGAAGAGGAUGAUGAUUCCAAAGAAUGGGUGUUGUUCUCGCCCUCGCAAGCAGCUUCCACCACUGCCCGCACGCGCUCCGACUCGACUGAAAAGACUGCCCGCACGGCUGGGGGACUGUCGCGUCUGAGUGAUUUUGGGUCGUUUAAUGCUGGCACUACUACUAAUAUUGGGUCCGAUGAGCAGGGUUCUGAGGAUGAUGCUCUAGACGAGGACGAGGAGGAGGAAGAUGAAGAUGAUGAGGAUGAUGAGGAUGGUGCUACAGAGUUGGAUAGUCUGGAUGAAGGUCUGCGUGAUUUCCGCGAGUCUAAUUUACCGGACAAUAGUCAUCCUGUGCUGCCUGCUCAUGACGGGCUGGGCUCGUUUCAUGCUUCGGGCCAGCUAGCCCAAGAGCAUCUGUGGCAGUUUGAGCAGUACAACCCACGUCGCCAGGCGGUCCAUGCGCGUAGACAACAACAACAGCAGCAGCAGCAGCAUCUCGAGACCGUGGACGAGCAAGAGUCCUCGGGAGCUGAUCGCGAGCGAUGGCAGCGCAUCGAAAAAUGGAGGACAGACCAGGGGAGAAUACUUUUACAGGAAAUCGAGCGGGAGACCAAACGUCGUCAGCGCCGGAGCAGUCUUGCCGCGACUGCUUCUUCCCGGGUUUCUGGGACUGAGGUGCUGGAUAGCAUUUCAGAGACCAACCCGGUAGAUUCAUCGCAGUUGUCUUCUUCGACUGAGACGGCUUCGUCGCAUGGAGACUCGCCAGAGGAAUCCUUCUGGCGGCGUGUUACUCGAAAAGUCAUUCGCGACUUGAUUGGCAUCAAUGACUCCAUUCUCUCCGUCAUUCUCGGCGAGGCGUUGGUUGAAGAUGUUGAUCUGUCGCAAUCGACAGAGCGUGAUUCACGAACCAGCACCCAUGGAAUCGAAGAUGCCAUCAGAGACGUUCCGAUCACGGCAUCGAGCGACGACAAUAUUUGGCAGGAGAAACUCAUCCAGCGCAUCACACGAGAAUUAGGCAUCCUAGUCCAUCAAAUGUGGGAAUAUCCAGGCGCAUUUAGUACGUACCUUGGCGCCGACAACCCGGCCGAUUUCUACGCCGGCAUGCCUGUCAAGCCAUCCGAAUCAACGUUACGCUCUAGAACACCGCGGCAGCAGACAGAGGCAGAUGAGAGUAAUGCGUGGUCUACCAUGUCGCCACACUUUACUCCCACUCUGCGGGAUCCAGCUACCGUUGAACAUGCCGCCCAGUGGGGAAUUGAAGACGAUGAAAUCAAUACUGAGCAGAGCAGAGUCGCACGCGAGCAGCCCGUUUCUGAAUCCGCACAUUUGAAAGAAGACCACGAUUACUGGGAGAGCGAUUUAGAUGUUGCCAUGGUGUUUAGAUACCUCAAGAAUAGAUUCCGACGAAAUGAUACCACCACCAAUAACAGCACCACCACCACCACCCGAGCCAUAUACAGAGAACAAGAUGCAUCCAGCCGAGCAGCAGUCAUCCGCCAACACCACCCCUUGGUCGCGCGCGCCCAUGCCCAACGAUCCCAUCAAGCACGCCAGUCGGCAGUAGUACUGCGUGCACAGUUCCCUGCAGCGCCGGGAAUCCAGACUCCCACAUCACCGAUUUCGCGCCACCGCUUCCGUCGCCCGAGUUCCAGCUGUGCUAGCCAAAGUACUAGGGUUUCUGCGAAACGACUGGGCAGUGGUUCUAGUCGCCAUUAUUGGGAUAUUGGCGGUAGUGUUGGCAGCGGUAGUGCAGUUGUAUCUGUAGGGGGUGUGGGAACCUGGGGAGAAGCAUAG